GGCCGCAGCUCCGACCGAGAUAAGGCAGGCAAAGACCGCGCAGACAGGGAAACCAAGAUGGCGACGAAGCUCGGGUCCGGCCAGGUGGUUUGUCCGGAGAGUGUGGCGAACGGAAAAGACGUGCAGCCUGCCCCGAACCCCGUAGAUGCUCUCAAGACGUCUGUGACAUCAAUCGUCCCUGCGACACAGACCGGGCUCCUAGCAGCGUCCGGGUUCGCUUCCGAGGUGCCGACGGAAGACGUAGUAACACCGGUAGAGCAAACGCAGGCCUCCACUGCGAGUGACAUUCGUGCCCCGACGCCGCGCUUCAUUUCCAGCAACUCUCACGCCAGAUUUAAGUUGGAGGAGAAGCGAAAGCAAUCCGCCGUGUCCUUUGAAGCCGGCGUCAAGGAACCGCAGACGAACGACAAGGUGCCCUUCGUGAAACGAGAGUCCACGGCCUUGGCGCACUUGGAAGAACUGGGCCCGAGACACGCGCACGGGAGGAGGAGCUUGUCGACGAUUCUCAAGACAUCGGCCACACCGACACGCCUGGCCCGGCGGGCCUCCUCGGUCGACUUCGGUCCCGAAAAAUACAGGCUCAUCAGGUGCGCACGCCUCGCCCGCAGUCUUGCAUCCUCGUGCUAAAUCAUUGUUCUUUAUGACCUGUACCCAAUUGCCUCGAAUACUUUUCAAGAUUGCCUCAGAAGCGAAUACCUAAUAUAUUAAUCCCGAAUAUAAGUUCGGUGGCUGGCGGGAAUCGCGUGGGUGGUUUAGGCGUAUUCCUGAGAAAAACUUAAUGCGACGAGUUCUGCGCGAAUUUGUUUAUCGUUGCGGCCAAUGAGGCAUAGUUGCAGGGUUUCCUGUAAAUGACUGUCACAUAUAGCGACGUUAGUUUCUUUAGAAAUCGAUCGUUUGCGGCCCAUUACGCACUUUGUCCUAUAUCCUGAAAUGUACCCCCAUGCCUGCCAAACGUGUAUACAAGGUAGGAUG